AUGAAGCCUAGAAUAAAUCUUGAGUUAUGUCAAGAUGCUUUAGGAAUUCUUAUUUUUGCUCUUUCCUUUGCAUGUAGUUUUAUUGAAAAUCAAACUCCUAGAUACGGAAUUGAUGUUGGCCUAGUACAAGAAACCUCUCCUACAAUUUCUCGGUCUGGCAGCAAUCUUAUAACUUUUACAUAUGAUCAUACUAUUAUUGGAUGGCUACUUGUAUUGUUACAUGGAAGUUCUGUAAUUUUAAUGUAUGAUAAUGUAAAAAAGGAAAGUACAAAAACAGAAAAUUUCAGUACAGCUGACGAAAAAGAAGCUCAUCUAAAUGUGGUGGCCACUAAUGUACCUGAUGAAAUCAGUCAUAAUCUUAAUUUUUCAAGUAUUGAGAAUACAUCCGAUGAAAUCAAUGAUAACAUCAAUCCUUUAUAUACUAUGACCUCAAUUGAUAAUGAUGAAAGAUUGAUUGCACUUGAAGAACGGAAAGCUAAUUUAAAAAAAAUACAGUUGGAAAAUAUUAAAUUGGAACGUGAACUUAAUUCUCCAUCAUAA